CGACUCCUCACCCCCCCCAUCCCCGGAGGCGCCGGGCCCCUUGGAUGCCGCCGAGAUGGGCAAGGUGCUGUCCAAGAUCUUCGGCAACAAGGAGAUGCGGAUCCUGAUGCUGGGUCUGGACGCGGCCGGUAAGACCACAAUCCUGUACAAACUGAAGCUGGGCCAGUCCGUCACCACCAUCCCCACCGUGGGCUUCAACGUGGAGACGGUUACUUACAAAAACGUCAAGUUCAACGUGUGGGAUGUCGGGGGCCAGGACAAGAUCCGUCCCCUCUGGAGGCACUACUACACGGGCACGCAAGGGUUGAUUUUUGUGGUGGACUGCGCCGAUCGCGACCGCAUCGACGAGGCCCGCCAGGAGCUCCACCGCAUCAUCAACGACAGGGAGAUGCGGGACGCCAUCAUCCUCAUCUUCGCCAACAAGCAGGACCUGCCUGAUGCCAUGAAACCCCAUGAAAUCCAGGAGAAACUGGGCCUGACCCGAAUCAGGGAUAGGAAUUGGUACGUGCAGCCCUCCUGUGCUACUACAGGGGAUGGACUCUAUGAAGGGCUGACAUGGUUAACAUCCAAUUAUAAAUCCUAAUGAGAGAAUAACUAUUUAGUCUACAAAGAAUUAAAGAAAAAAAAUUAAAAAAUAACCCACAUGGCUUUCCAGAAGAAUGAUUCUCUACUGAAAAGUAAAACAAAAAGCAUCCAUAGGAUUAUGAUCACCUUUCUCCAGUUCUCCACCCUUUCCUUCUGCAACACUUGACUGGAUUCCUGUUUUAACUCUUCUUGCUUGGCGUUAGGAUGCUCUAAUCUCCGAAUGUGACAUGAACACAAGCACUAGAUGCUAUGGCAGACUUCCAGCAAACAGGGGAAAGACACAUUGUAGACUUGCUAAGUAACUUUUUUUUUUUUUUUCUCUCUCUUGAUAGCCCUUAAGAUGGUUUGAUUAUUUUGGGGGAUGGUUGGGGGAGGGGUACCGUUUUCAGUGUAUGCUUUCUGGUUCUACUUUUUUGAUUAUAUAUUAUUUUUUUUUUCUUCUAUCACUUGCUGUAGAUUGCUACUUUUUUGCAUUCAUGCAGAAUAUGUUGAUAGGUCGAUUUCAUCUAGUAAACUGAAAAUUAUUGCUUAAAAUCAAACUGCAGUCUGUCUUUUUAUAUUAAGGACUUUUUUUUUUUUUUGACCAAAAAAAAAAAAAGUUCUGUUAAUCUGUAACUAAGUAGUGACUCUCGGUCUGUCUUCAUAUCUCAGACUAAUAGUGAAACGAAUUCUUGCCCAGAGUGGCAGGUAGUGAGAAUACCAUUGUAACGCGUUCAAAGUGCAUAUCAGGCAUAAUGUUAACUAGGUAAUGUUAAGAACUUGCUUUGAAAUGUCAGCUGUGAAGUUCUGAACCAUACAUCAUGCAUGAGAAGGGAUGCAAAUGAGUUCCCCAUACCACAUAGCAACCAUAUAGCAAAUAAGACAUGAAUGAUGUAACAGUUCCAGGGUAGAUACUGUGGAGUUUUUUGUCUCGCAUUGCCGACUUAAAUGAUGUUUUAGCUGCAGUUUUUACUGCUGGUGUCAGUCUCCGAUUUCAGUGCAGGAUAGUUUUCCUUCCAGAAAACCCAGCAAUAAGGUGGAAGCAUCGCAACAAGUUUGACUUCCAGUCGCAGCUGUUUAGGCAAAAAUCUUAGCACUGACUUUCCUGUCUUGCAAUGGAGACAAGUUGCUUUCAUCUCAAGGCAGUUGCAGACAUCCAGAUCUUAAAAGGAUUUCUGAUUCUUUCUGACACGCAUGGAGUGGAGAAAGGAAAAAAUCUUUUUAAUUUUUUUUUUCCAUUUUGUAGACUUCCGUAGCUAGAGUUGAGCUCGGUAGUUCUGACAUCUGACUAAUAGCCAUUUUGAGGAAAAAAUCACUCAUUUUGCUUUAGUUUUCCAAGACUGAACUCCCACAUGUAGUUGUUGCUGUCGUCCUGCAGGAAGGGAACUGUGUUGGAUGUCUGAAGCCCAUUGAGGAACUACUAAUGAGAGCAGGGAGGAGAGAGAGAGGGGGAGAGAGAGAGAGUAUAUGAGAGAGAGAGAGUAUACGACUAUGAAUGUAAACUUCCAUAAUUAGUUCUUAAAGGGCAAGCAGCUCAUUUGCCGUGUCACAGCUCACAGAUGUGACUGGCGAAAAGAAAAGUAAAAAAACCCCACCCAGAAGAAGUAUUAGUAUAAAAACUCAAUCAAGUAUUAAUGCUGGGUGCAAAAAAAAAAAAAACAUUCAAGCAGCUGGUUCUUAUUCAGCCUUAAGGAUUAACUUCAGAUUUCCUCAAGGAGUUAAACUCCAUUGGGGAAUUCUAGGAAUGUAUGCUACAAAACCAGAAGAAAAUGGCUUGGUUUUUUUUUUUUCCUUUUUUUUUUCUUUUUUUCUUUUCCAAGGCUAUGAGUUUUACAUGAAAUGGGGGGCAUUACACUACAUUUCUGCAGUGUUGACUCUGCGCGCUAAGUACAUUGUAUAUGGAGCUCUUACCAAAGAUGUAGGGGAAGAUAAAAAUACUGGAUUCGCUUCGGGAAUGGAAUGCUUUGGACCACUUAAAAGUUCCUUUAGGAUAUGGUUCCAAAAGACUUACCUGGAUGUGGGUGGCAAAUGGGACUCAAUGGGAUCUUGAUGCCAGAAGAUAGAGCAUUGAUUGACUCUGCGCCUUCCUAACUUAAAAGAGAGUCUGCAAAAGCUUAAUGUAGAAUAACUCUUAAAUCUCAGCUCUAAAGACGAAGAGGUGAGUUGGUUUGUUUUAUUUUCACUCAAGGCUUUUUGCCACUGGAAUAUCAUUGCUCUAUUUUCUAGCUUUUUUUUUUUUUACUAUUAUUAUUAUUUUAUUUCUCUCUGUUGAUGUAACUUAACGAAUAGUGUGGUGGUAUAAAGACUAAAAAUUACAAGAACAUGGUUACUGUUUUCUUCUGGAGCAUAAAUAAAAUAGCCAAGCACAAAGUAAAUGCCUAAACUGGAAAACUUGAAGCUCUCUUAAUGGUUCUUGAACUUUCUUAAAUCUAUUCUCAGUCAACAUGAAAACUUCAAUAACUUCAUUUUUCGUCUAAGUUGAUUUACUCUGUUUUCAAGUGCUGGGGCAGACUUCUUUGCUAGACUCUGCGUUAAGUUGAAUUCACAAUUUUGUAUUUCCUUAGUAACUUUGUUAUUCUGUUUUUGUAGGUGAAAGGAAACUUGAUUAUGCUUCUGAAAUUUUUUUUUAAUGUCUUUUUUUGGGGGGGUGGGGGGCAGGGGGAGGGAAAAAGUUACUGAAACAUGUGGCAGCGACUUCAAAAAUAAAUGGCCAUCGCUACUGAACAAAAUAUAAAAGGUUUCACUUUCAACAUGUCCUUUAUAGGUUGUAGUUGAACCUCACCACGAUCCAGUGGCUAUCAGGCAGCAAACGAAGCCUGUAGGAUAAAGUGGCAAUCUGUAAGAAAUCCUAUGAUUUUUUUUUUUUUUUUUAAAAAAAACAAACAGAAAAACAAACAACCUAAUCUGGAGUUUUGAAGUGCAUCGAUUUGUGUUCAUGUGAAUUUAUGGAGUAAGUUUUGAAUGGCGUUAAUCGUGUCUGAUAAGUGAAUGAGUCUGUAGACUGUGAUCUCCCUGACUAAAGUAACCAGGAAUUUUGUGUUCUCAAUAUGGCUGUAGUGUUGGUAAAGAACUAAUAAGCAGAAAAUAAAGCAAUUAUACAGCGGA